AUGGCUUCAUCCGGUUCCAGGACGAGGCCGGCGUGCGCGGACCAAGAGGACAUGCCGAAGACGUGGAUGGAGGCCAGUUUGGACAAGGAGAAGGAGAAGGAUGUGCCCACACCACCAUGUUGGUGUGGUGAUGUUUGCAAGCUGAAGGUGUCCACUGAUCGCAACAAGUCAUGGACAGAAGGUAGAAGGUUUUUCGUGUGUCCCAACUAUGCACAUGAUCGUCGAAGGCCAACCAACGCAUAUGACAUACCACCGGUAUGUUAG